CCAGGCACCCUAUUGCUUACAGUAAGAGCUAGCGACCCGGAUGAGGGAGCCAACGGAAAAGUGGCAUAUAAAUUCCGGAAAAUCAAUGAAAAACAAUCUCCCAUAUUCCAGCUUAAUGAAAAUACUGGGGAGAUAUUUGUAGCAAAAAGUCUAGAUUAUGAAGAAUGUUCAUUUUAUGAAAUGGAAAUACAGGCUGAAGAUGUGGGAGCACUUCUCGGGAGGACCAAAGUGCUAAUUAUGGUGGAGGAUGUAAAUGAUAAUAGACCCGAAGUGAUCAUCACGUCUUUGUUUAACCCAGUAUUGGAAAAUUCUCUUCCUGGUACGGUAAUUGCCUUCUUGAAUGUGCAUGACCAAGACUCUGGAAAGAAUGGGCAAGUUGUUUGUUACACACAUGAUAAUUUACCUUUUAAAUUAGAAAAGUCAAUAGAUAAUUAUUAUAGAUUGGUUACGUGGAAAUAUUUGGACCGAGAAAAAGAGUCUACUUACAAUAUCACAGUGACAGCAUCAGACCUAGGAUCCCCACCUCUGUCUACUGAAACUUAUAUCACCCUGACUGUGGCAGACACCAACGACAAUGCACCCAUUUUCCCUCAUGCCUCCUACUCAGCUUAUAUUCCAGAGAACAAUCUGAAAGGAGCCUCUAUUUUCUCAUUGACUGCACAUGACCCUGACAGCCAGGAAAAUGCACAGGUCACUUAUUCUGUGACUGAAGACACCAUCCAGGGAGCACCCUUGUCCUCCUAUGUCUCCAUCAACUCCAACACUGGUGUCCUGUAUGCAUUGCGCUCCUUUGAUUAUGAGCAGAUCCAAGACUUGCAGUUACUGGUAAUUGCCAGUGACAGUGGAGACCCAUCACUUAGCAGCAAUGUGUCACUAAGCCUAUAUGUGCUAGACCAGAAUGACAACGUGCCUGAGAUCCUGUACCCAACCCUCCCCACUGAUGGCUCCACUGGUGUGGAGCUGGCUCCCCGCUCAGCAGAGCCUGGAUAUCUGGUGACCAAAGUGGUGGCAGUGGACAGAGACUCAGGACAGAAUGCCUGGCUGUCCUACCGCCUGCUCAAGGCCAGUGAGUCAGGACUCUUCUCAGUGGGGCUGCACACUGGUGAGGUGCGCACAGCAAGAGUCCUGCUGGAUAGAGAUGCAUUCAAGCAGAGUCUCAUAGUAACUGUCCAGGACCAUGGCCAGCCUCCCCUCUCAGCCACAGUCACACUUACUGUGGCAGUGGCCAACAGCAUCCCUGAAGUCUUGGCAGACUUGAGCAGCAUCAGGACGCCUGGGGUCUCAGAUGAUUCAGACCUCACACUCCACCUGGUGGUGGCAGUGGCUGUUGUCUCCUGUGUCUUCCUUGCUUUUGUCAUUGUGCUGCUGGCACUCAGACUUCAGCGUUGGCAAAAGUCUCGAAUGCUCCAGGCCUCUGGAGGUGGACUGACAGGUGUGCACCCCUCACAAUUUGUGGGCAUUGAUGGGACACAAGCUUUUCUUCAGACCUAUUCCCACAAGGUCUCCCUCACUGCAGGCUCUCAAACAAGCCAUGUUAUCUUUCCUCAGCCUAACUAUGCAGAUAUGCUCAUUAGCCAAGAGAGCUAUGAGAAAAAUGAUUCUUUGUUAACAUCCAUAGAUUUUCAUGAGUGUAAAGAUGAAGUUGCUCAGGUGAGUUCAGUUCUUUUUUUACUUUUAUAU